ACCAUCGUGUAUUUUGAAGCUGGUAUUUUUCUGCACUUUUCACAACUUUCCACAGGAAAUCUUCUUCCAAAACUAUAAUAAUCUCUUUAUAGCCAAGCCAAAGAAUCAAAAUGCUCUCCCGCACACUGAACUCCUCCGGACGGUUGUGGGGCCUCUUGGGUGUCUCGACACGCUCCAGUUCCCACUUUGUCUACACCCCUGACACCAAGGCUCCGCCAGUGGAAGGCAGUAAGACAAAAAUGAAUAUGUUCACCGCCAUCAACAAUGCCUUGGAUCAGGCCAUGGAGAAGGACUCUUCAGCCCUGCUCUUUGGCGAGGAUGUGGCCUUUGGCGGAGUGUUCCGCUGCUCUAUGGGUCUGCAGAAGAAGUACGGUCGCGGGAGAGUGUUCAAUACGCCCCUCUGUGAGCAAGGAAUUGCCGGAUUUGCCAUUGGUGUCGCCAACGUCGGCGCCACAGCGAUUGCUGAACUCCAGUUCGCUGACUACAUGUUCCCUGCUUUCGAUCAGAUUGUCAACGAGGCAGCGAAGAAUCGCUACAGGAGUGGGAAUCUCUUCAACUGUGGCUCCUUGACCAUCAGAGCGCCAUGCGGAGCUGUUGGUCAUGGCGCUCUGUAUCACUCCCAGAGUCCUGAAGCAUACUUUGCUCACACUCCAGGACUGAAGAUUGUGGUGCCGAGAGGACCCAUCAAGGCUAAAGGCUUGCUGCUGGCCAGCAUAGCCGAUAAGGAUCCCUGCAUCGUGCUAGAGCCCAAAACACUCUACAGAGCAUCGGUAGAAGAGGUUCCGGAUGCAUAUUUCGAAUCACCCAUCGGAAAAGCGGACGUUCUGAGGACUGGCAGUGAUAUUACACUGAUCGGCUGGGGAACCCAAUUGCACGUGCUGACAGAGGUGGCAGAGAUGGCCAAGAAGCAAUUGGGAGUGAACUGCGAAGUGAUUGACUUGGUCUCCAUUCUGCCCUGGGACAAAGCAACAGUCUGCAAUUCCGUGAAGAAGACAGGCAGGGCGCUAAUCGCCCACGAGGCACCCCUCACAUGCGGCUUCGGGGCCGAGCUGGCGGCGACCAUUCAGGAGGAGUGCUUCCUACACUUGGAAGCGCCCAUCCAACGCGUCACGGGCUGGGACACACCAUUCCCGCACGUCUUCGAGCCCUUCUACAUCCCUGACAAGUUCCGCUGUCUCGACGCCAUCCGGAAGGCCAUCGAUUACUAG